CUGUGUAAUGGAGGAAUGGAUAGCACAGGCCCCGCCCUUUCGCUGAGGCCCCGCCCACAGCCGGGCGGCCCGAGGCGCGCGGGGCUGGCUCUGUUGGCCCCGGUCUCCAGGGCAGCACUGGGAGACUCAGGGCGGAACCAGGAGGCGCCAGCACUGAGGAUGUGGGGCCUCCAGGGUCGCGGCAGCCAGGAACGCCCGGCAAGGCAAAUGCUUUUGUGAACCACAACUUUAAAUAUCCGGCCAGCUGCUGCCAUCCACAAGAGAGAAUCCCUGUUCAUUUUUGUAUUUUUCUCAAGAUGAGUCAUAGUAAAUUCAUUCCCAAGGUAUCUAUUCAAUCUCCUGUUCAUCACACCAACUUAAAGGUCCAGUCCACAGAGCCAUCUUUUAAGAAAGAAGACUUACAUUUGAUUUCAAAAGACUCUUUGGAAUCUGACUCAGAAAGCCCCACUCAAAAGAUCAAGUUCCAGUCUGACCUUGAAGACCAAAUUCAGGACAACGACAUGGAGCCUGACAGCCUAGAGGAGGAGAACUUGAGUGAGACGGAAGAAGAAGCAAGCAGAAAAGCAGCUCAGAGGACCAAGAAGGAAAAUCUCCACACCCAAGAUGCUGUUGCAAUUAACAGCCGACAACCCACAGAAGACAAAUACUCACACCUCCGAUACGAUCCAAACUGGAAGAGUAAGAAAGAGGAGGGGAAGUUGUUGCCUGUAGAAGCGUUGCCGGAGUCUGUGGACAGCUCUACAGAAAAUCUGACUCUGAACCCACUCUACCCUUCCAAGGAGCCUUCGAUGGACCUCUCAGGGGGGAAAGGUGAACAGAAGAGCCCACGGAGCACAGCCUCCUUACUUGGGAGUGAAUUCGUAAGCCCGAACUACGAGCUCAGCACCCUCCGCACUGAGCCAUUUUCCGUGCUGAGUGACAGCGACCCUGAGGAAAAGUCCAGCAACCUCUCUCCGUACUUGAAGAGUUCAAGUUCACGCAGCGAGGCAUUCCUGCCAGGAUCACGCGGCCCUCGGCGAAGGAAGUCCAAACAAUAUUUUGUGGAAAAGAACAAGCUGACUUUGGGAUUACCCACUCCAAGAAUGGACUCUUAUCUUCAACUUCACAAUAAAAAAAGGGGGGAAGGUCACCUAGAACAGAUCUCCUACCCCGUCAGAGUAACUGACAAGGCGUCUAUUCAGAAUGCCAGAGAGACUGGAAAUGUCGCUAUAGACCCUGAAGACAAAUGGCAUCAAAGAGCCCAACAGCUAAAGGAUUACCAGGAACACUGGUCUCAAUAUGAACAUGAAAAGUCAAGCAAUGGACUCAGAGGUCAAUCUUCAGAAACAACCAAUGGCCAGCAACCUUCCAGAAGACCAGCCAAGCACAAGAUUCGAAAACAGCAUAAACACCGGCAUGGCCCGAAGUCUUUGGUGACUGAAGAGCUGGUUGUCAGUCAAGGAAACCAGAAUAACACUCCCAGACAUCAGCAAAACCCAGAUAAGUCUACUGAUACUGACGUAACACAGGAAACAGUUGUGAUUAUGAAUACCACCAACGAUGAUUUACAAUACUCAAGUGUACUGAGAAGCCAGGAUCCCACAGUAACCUCCAGUCAAUUUGCUCCACCACACCAGGUUUCUAACAAAGUAUUAUAUAAAAAUCCUGCCGGCUAUUACCCAGUGAUGAACGCUAAUAGAGAAAGAGGACACAACGACCAAGAAGAGAAAAGGUUUUCCUACCAGCAGCUACACAUUGACACUCUAUCCAAUAUGCACUUGAGCUACCUUCAUGAACUUACCAAGAAACACGCAUCCCAUAGCCAGAAAGGCUCUCAGACUGUUUCUAACGUAAACAGGCAAGCAUCAACCGAAAAGAAGCAGCAACCCAAACUGGCUUAUACAGAGACAAAGUAUAAGAACUUAGAAAUAUUAUGGAAAUUCCAUUCCUCCUCUGAGGAACAACCUGCUAAGGCUUCCCCAGAUUCCCGGCUCUCCCAGAUAAUGGAGCAGCAUCAGCAAGCCCUGCUGCAGCUGACAGAGGUGCAGCCGCACGAAGGGGCCUCACCCGGCCUCACCCUUCCACCCAUACUGUCAAGGGUGGAGAGUGAAUCCCAACUCAGUUCAGAGAGAAGCCAAAGAAACCAAGUGAAAAUCAGCCGCAGCAAUUCUGAAAGCUAUCUGUUUCAACUGGAAAAGGGGAAAAAGCAUAGGAAAAGAAGCAGCAUUAAGAGCUCCAAGCUGAAAGGUUAUCAGAACAGAGACGUGAAACUUGGAGGCCUGGGACCUGACCUUGAGUCCAUCAGAGACAAAAUGCAGAAAUUAAUACAGCAAAAGGAAUAUGCUAAACAAGUGAAGGAAUACAACAUGAAGGCACUAUCCAUCCCCUCAAAGCCACAAACAGCAAUUACCGAAAAUAAAUCUGCUGUCCCGCGGCAGAAGGCUUUGGAAUAUGCUAAGACCAUCCCCAAACCCAAACCUUCAAAUCUGAGUGAUCAAGCCUCAAAAGAAAAGAAAACUCCAACCCAUGCUGGAAAAGAAGACACCUUACCUGAAAUCUCACUGCUGGAAGUGCUGCAGAACAGACACGAAAGGGAAAAACAGGCCGUGGCUGCUUUUAAAGUCCUUCACAUUGUAUAGACAACAUAUGUGUUGGAGAUCAGAGACACUCGGGGAAUGGACAUGGAGGAGAGAAACUCCAACUUUAACUGCUCUGCAUUAAGUGAUGACCUCACAUCAUCAUGUAACUGCAGUCCAUGUUUGCUUUGUAUAGGAUUUAAAAUAUGGAGCCCUAAUUACAAUGUGGUGCCAUAUUUUACCUUCCAGGAAGAAAAACUAUUUUAAUUAUUUAUUUUCAAAAUCAGUUAAAACUGGGGCUGAAUAAGAACUAGGGAAUAAAACCUUCUAGUUUUCUAUCAGCUCUUCUAAUUUCUAAAAUGAUGGCUACCCUUUCUCAGCAUAAUGAAACUCUUGAAGUUACCCAGAAAUAAAUGUAUCUACUUGUGUUUAUUUCUCAUUUUUCUGAUAAGAAAAAAAAAGUAUGAACACUUCAGUUUCUGUUGAAAAGAACUCAAAUGGGACUAAACACAGGUAAAUUUUGAGAUGUCGUUUCCAAAAUAUUUCUAACAUCUCUCAAUAUUUUAAAGGAUAAAAUCUUUUAAAUGAAAGUGCUUCAGAUGUGCUCACUCAAGUAAAACCAAUCUCAGUGCUGUUCUAACAGAGCAUCAAGACAUUAAUCAGAAAUCUACCAAGGCCAGGAAUGCUCAAGUUAGGCCACUCUGAGACACUCUUUCUCAAAGCUACUUCCUCAAGUCUAUAAAUGCGCUGACCAUCUUGCCAUCACAAAGAUCUUAAAAUAUCCUCAGGUGUUUGCUUUCACAUAAAAACACUGGGUAAGACAAAAACAUCCCACUGUGUACUACUGAAUGUCAAUAUUCAUAAAUAUUUUUUUUACUUUUUAAAAAAUCUUUUGAAACUCAAUACACACUGUAAAAUUCCCAGGUCUUAAUUUACUGGAGGAUUUAAUUUUUCUGACUUGCUUGUACUAGGUGGGCAUUGCAUUCUUAGAUGGCUAUAUCUAGAAAUGGACACAUUUAACAAUAGUACAGUAUGGUGUUAAUCACUCAGUCAUGUCCGUCUCU